GGGGGCUGUGCCUGUGCCGAGGGGGGCGGGCGGUUGGCGGGGGAGGGGCCGCCGCCGCCGCCGCCGGGCGCAGCAGGCUGAGGGGAGGCAGGGAGCGGAGCCGCUGCCGCCGCCGCCGCGGGCUGGGGCCUUGGACGCGUCCGGCGCGGAGCGGAGGAGGAGGAGGAAGAGGAAGGGGGGGAGCCAGCCGGUCCCUCUUGGAGGACGCGGCCCGCAUCCGCCCGGGGAAGGGCAGAGGGAAGCGGAGGGGGGAGCGAGCGGGCGCCGCCGCCGCCGAGGAGACAAAGAAGCGGAGCCCGCCUGGGCUGGGAGCCUCCCCGCCGCCGCCCGCCCCGCUCCCCAUCGGCCGGCCGGCCGGAGUUUCCUGGCUAGUUGUGUAGGAGCGUAAGGAGAGGUGUUUGCUCUCUAAUGUGUCACCUUGCAUCUACAGUCAGCUAAAGAAGGACAAGAUAGUGGUGUACACAGCUUUGUUGGAGAGUCCUGCCUUUCACUGCCUGGAUCCUUUUAACAGUGUGCCAAAGAAGGACUCCAUGAAAGAUGACAGAAGAAGUUAUUGUUAUUGCAAAGUGGGAUUACACUGCACAGCAGGACCAAGAACUUGACAUCAAGAAAAAUGAGCGUCUUUGGCUAUUAGAUGAUUCCAAAACAUGGUGGAGGGUAAGAAACGCGGCCAACAAAACGGGAUAUGUGCCAUCAAAUUAUGUGGAGCGAAAAAACAGCUUGAAGAAAGGUUCUCUGGUUAAAAAUCUUAAAGACACUUUGGGUUUGGGAAAAACCAAGAGAAAGACAAGCGCAAGAGACGCCUCACCCACCCCUAGCACAGACGCAGAAUACCCAUCCAACGGCAGCAGCGCCGACCGGAUUUACGAUCUCAACAUUCCAGCCUAUGUGAAAUUUGCCUAUGUUGCAGAGAGGGAGGAUGAACUGUCCCUCGUUAAAGGAUCCCGAGUGAUUGUCAUGGAGAAGUGCAGCGACGGCUGGUGGAGAGGUAGCUACAACGGACAGAUUGGCUGGUUUCCUUCGAACUAUGUGGUAGAGGAGGUUGAGGAGGCAACUGCAGAUUCACCCAGCUUUCUCAACUUAAGAAAAGGCGCUUCCAUGAGUAACGGCCAGGGCACCAAAGUACUCCACGUUGUUCAGACACUGUAUCCAUUCAGCUCCGUCACAGAAGAAGAGCUCAACUUUGAAAAAGGGGAAACAAUGGAAGUCAUUGAAAAGCCAGAAAAUGACCCAGAAUGGUGGAAAUGUAAAAAUUCCAGAGGGCAAAUUGGUCUUGUUCCUAAAAACUAUGUAGUAAUCAUUAGCGAUGGUCCUACCAUUAACACUUCCCAUCCACCUCAGAUAAGCUACACUGGACCAUCUUCUACUGGACGGUUUGCUGGAAGAGAGUGGUAUUACGGGAAUGUUACCAGACACCAAGCAGAAUGUGCCCUGAAUGAAAGGGGAGUGGAAGGAGACUUCCUUGUUAGAGAUAGUGAAUCUUCGCCCAGUGACUUCUCAGUCUCUCUAAAGGCAUCGGGGAAGAACAAACAUUUCAAGGUGCAGCUCGUGGACAAUGUCUAUUGUAUUGGGCAGCGUCGCUUUAAUACUAUGGAUGAGUUGGUGGAACACUACAAAAAGGCUCCCAUCUUCACCAGUGAACACGGGGAAAAGCUAUAUCUUGUGAAAGCACUUCAGUGACGUUGAAGAUGGACUUGGCCACCUGGGCCUCUUAUAACUUACAAGCCUUAGGUCCUAAAUUCACUUUUAUAGAGCAGAGCAAUAUCUGAAGCAGGCUUAAGGAAUAGGCUCUUUCUAAAGUGUUUGCUCUGUUGGUUGCUGUUUGUCCUUUUUUUUGUUUGCCUCUUUUUUGUGUUCCAGUUCUGUUAAUCUCCGACCACCUCUCUUCAGGUUGAGAGUUUCCCUUGGGUGGCCGUGGCGAGCACUCACCUUCCCGGCUGAGUUCAAAACUCCCCUCUCCACUGUACGUUUACAUAGUUAGCUCAGAUCAAGGAGGGGCGUUUUCAAUUCAAACCAGUGUUAAUCUGUUCAGAUUGCUCACACAGGCAGAACUCUCCGUUCAGAGACAUCGGGCACAGUUUGAAUGCACUGAAGCUGCAGCUACUUAAGUGAGAGAGAGUAGACCUAACAGCUGUGGCUGUGAGUUCUGUAGCUAUAUCGCUUACCGAGUAGUAUAUUACAAAACCUCCUAGUUCCUAGAAGCACUCUUUACACUGUACUCUGCUAUUACAUUGCCUCUCUGACUCUUUGUAAAGAGUACACUAAUUAAAAGCAUUUUGUAAUAGUACUUCUUAAACUACUAUGGUAAGAUUGUAGUAAAAGAAAACUAUCUAGUGUAUUUUGGUCUGUAAUUGCAACAAAGAGAAAUUUUAUGUGAAAGUUGAUUACUAGAGAAAGAAUCAUUGAAUUGUAAAGGCUGAAUGUUUUGGUAAUCUACAACCAAAUGUGCCAUCCACAUAAUGCUUUUUCCUCUUGCCCUUCUGCUUGUUUGAAUUAAACAAUUAUGUAUUUAAUUCUCAAAGUAAUAUGUAUCUGUAGCUGAUUGUUGACACUAAUACAGAAGAUUAAUAAAAACUGAUCUUGGGACAGGGUGGGGCGGGCUACCAACACUAUAUAUAUAUUUGCUUUACAGAAAGAAAUCUUCGGGUUUUACAGAGGAUGGUGUGGUUGGUAGGAAGAGACACACAGAAUGUUUAUGAAGAAAAUGCAUUUUUCUCUUUUCUUUACAUUUAAACUCCUUUAUGGUUUAAAUAUACAGUCUUUAGAUGGCACAUUCCUGAGAUUGAAGAAGGGAUCAUGAGAUCUCAAAAUCUUGCAUACUCAGUUUUUUGGAUAUUGUAAUAAAAAAGGUAUUAUGUCA